GGAGAAGACGAAUCUAAAAAGUCCUACGGUGGAUAUGUCCUUUUAAUUAAAAAAAGAAAGACCCGAAAAAUGAAAACAGUAAUUCGUAAAUUAUUGCGUAAAACUGAAAUGUCUAAACAAAUGCAAGCUUUGUAGAUGGAAAGUGGGGAUUAAAGUAGGUAAACGAGGUAAUAAUAAGAAGCAAAAGGUAAGAUAAGUUGAUCCCAUAAAACUUACGUUAUUUAUACACAUUAUUCGAAACCUCAUUUCCCCCCUUAAUGAGAUAAGGGAAAAAAAGGAAAAAAAAACUGUACCUGUACUUGAAUACCACAUUCCUUCAGAUCCGCCAGAAGGUGAAAGCGUUAUUAUUCCUUCCCAUCCGCCAGAAAGUCAAAGCGUUAUUAUUCCUUCACAUCCGCCUAGAAGGUGACGUCACCACGCUCGUUGUUUCCGCAGGUGCAAAAUGAUGACCAACAGCAUGGAGCAGAACGACUGGAAAGUUCCUCCCGACAACACCGUGCAGGUGGUUGAUCCUAUGGGCAUGAAUGAGGAGGCCGACGGUCCCAAGAGAAACUGGACGGGCAUCCUCAUCUCCCUCGGCAUCAUUACCUUCGUCCUGCUCAUGGUCACCAUCGCGACCCUCCUCGUAGGCGAGCCUCCGCCCACCUUCUACGGGCGGAGACUCGUGAUAACGGACCUCAAGAACCCUGCCUUCGUCGCCGCCGCCAUGGGCACGCAGUGGGUCACGGGUGAGCAAUUGGCGUACGUGUCCGAAAAGAAAGGAAUCAGACUACUCAAUGUAAACACAAAUGUCAACAUUACUCUCGUCACAAACAUCGCCUUGCACCAGACGGGGGCCGCCGAGUUCUCUGUGUCUCCCAACAUGCGCUACGUUCUCCUUGUCCAUGACGUCAUCAAGGGUCGGCUGUUCACGUCAACCGCCGAAUACAGUGUUUAUGAUGUCACUACGGACCACUACUACCCCUUGAAGCUCUGGCGGCAAGAGGUGGGCCACCCGCGGUACCAGCACGCGGCGUGGGUGGGCGAGGCAGGGGCGUCGCUGGUGGUGGUGAACGAGGGCAACAUCUACUACCUGGCAUCCCCCAACGCCAGCCCCGUGACGUUGACUGCUGACGCCACACCUGACAUUCUGUACAAUGGGGUCCCCGAUCUUCUCUAUGAAGAGAUCCUGGGUCAAGGCCACGCGGUCUGGCCGUCUCCGAGCGGGGACUACGUCGCUGCCGUUUCCAUCAACAACACCGGCGUGAGAGAACUGCCGGUCCUCGUCUACGCCGACAACGUGUAUCCGACGGUGCAGACGCUACGGUAUCCCACGGUCAGCACGCCCAUCCCGGAGGCGUGGCUUUGGAUCUACGACCUUCAGAGCAAGCAAGUUCCUCCGCCAAGAACGAGACUUAUUCCACCCGAGCCGAUUGAAGACUCUCAUUACAUCGUGGGCGUCGGAUGGGUCAACAGCACGGCUGUGUGGGCGUCAUGGGCGUCUCGAGACCAGUCCUCUGCGGUUCUGGCGACUUGUGAAGCGCCCGCGUGGAACUGCUCGCUGGUGCACGUGAACCACAAGGACGGGGGCGUGUCGCCUGUGGUGCGGUCCGUGGUGUGGGCGGGGAGCUGGGCCGUGUUCCCGUGGUCGGUGCGGACGCUGUCGGGGUCCUGGCACAACCACGUGGCGCUGGUGGGGGCGCGGGAGGGUCGCCACGCCCCCCUCACGCUCGAGGACUACCACGUGGUGGAGGUCCUCGGCUACGACCCGUCCGAUGACCUCGUCUUCUUCCGGGGGUCAGAGCUGGUGAACGGAGCGGGCCGCCAGCAGGUGUACAGCGUGUCGACCAUGAACGAGAACGUUGCGUGCCUCACCUGCCACCUGGGCUGCCCCUUCGUCACGGCCUCCCUCAGCCCCACGUUCAUCGGGUUGGCUGUGGCCUGCACGGGCUCCGACCCCCCCUCAUCCCACCUCGUCUCCCUCGUUACUAAUGGGUCCUCGGUCACCCUCCACAGCCAGGUCGGCCUCAGACUCGCCCUGGAGGACCUCGCUCUGCCGGUGGUGACCUCGCACGACGUGGCCCUCGCCCCCGCCCUCCACGCCGCCGUCACCCUCACGCUGCCGCCGGGCUGGAGCGCCGAGGACGACACGCUCCUGUACCCCCUCGUCGUGCAGAUGAAGGGCCCAGGAGAGCAAAACGUAGACGAAGGACCCUGGCACUUGGGGUGGAAGGAAUACCUGGCAUCGGGGCACCAAGUGGCACAUGCCAGCGUCCAGCUCUGGGGUGCCGAUCCAUCUACACGGGCAUCCACGCAUACCCUGGCACAGUACCAGGCUAGGGUCAUUCAGAAAAUGAUGGAGCAGUUCGACUUCCUGGAUCCGCAGAACGUGGCCGUGUGGGGGUGGGGGCCAGGGGCGUCUUUGGCACUCGACGCCGCGGCACUGGCACCCGAUCUGCUCAAGUGUGUUGCCGCUGUUAACCCGGUUACCGAUUGGCGGGCGCAUGGCUCCUUCUGGGCCGAGCGCCUCCUGGGCGCGGAGGACAGCGAGGGUGCCGGCCGCCGCUACGAGGACAGUGACCUGACCCGCCUCGCGCCCGAUCUCGGGAGCAACCGCGUGCUUCUCGCCCACGGCACGCGGGACCCUGCUGCCCACCACGCCUUCCUGCUGGCGCACUCCUUCAUCGCCGAGGGGUCCUACUUCACCCACGUGGUGUACACGGACGACGACUACAUGCUCGACCUCAACCGCUACCACCUCAUUAAUGCCUUCAAGUCGUUCUUCUUCAGCUGCCUUCAUGACCCUCUGGUGUACGAGCAGGAGAACAAGUGAGCGGCUUAUAGGCCCCGCGGCUAUUGUUUCACGAGCACUCGCUUUCUGUCGAGUAAUUACGGGUGAAGAGGAGCCUUUCAGUAGCAAUAAUCAUCGUUCCCUCCCUUUUAUCCACCUCCUUACUUCUUCCUCCUGAGCCUGAAGGAGGUAGGAUUCUCUUCGUCGCGGCCUCCCCGUCCUGCCGGGUCCUGCCCUGAUGGAUGAGCAACUGGGAGCGUUGUCUUUGAGGUGUUUUUCUACGUUGUUGAUGAGGCGAGCCACGUGACGACAAUCCCUGCUGAGUGGUCGAGUGAGCCACCAACCACCAGAGAGGCGUCGCACCUCACCCUCGAGCCUCAAGAAAUGUGCGAGGCAGCGAGGCUCCCGCCAGGUCUCGGUCUUCCUUGCGCGGCGAGUGGAGGCGAGAGGCCGACGAAGGCGGGGCCCGGAAGUCUCGUUAUCCCUACGUAAACUACGUUGUUAAGACUUCAUUUGUUACUAAUGAUUACUCCCUUAUGUCCCCUAUUUAUCG